AUGAAUAAUCAAGAAAAAACAAUCUUUAACUGUCAAACUUGUAAGGCUCCAAUCAAACUGUCUCCACCCGAUCAAAAAGGAAGACAAGUUUUAGAAUUCUAUGAAAACAAAUACCUUAAUACCAAAUGCGAUUGGUGUCGAAAAGAAUCUAAAAACUGUGGUUUUCAUCAGAAAUACAAUUAUAAAAGAUGCUUAAAAGAAUUAGCACAGGAAAAACGAGCUAGAAUUAAAUGA